ACCGCGGUAACCCAGCUGCGCUUCCCCAUUGCAGCCCCUCACAGCCCCGCCCCGCGCCGCCCCUCGCGGCCGCCGUACGAGGCAGCGUUGGGCGGGUAGCGCUGUAUCCGCCCGUAGCCAUGGGGACCGCCGCCGCCGCCGCGCUGCUGCUGUCGCUGCUCUGGGUACCGCCGUCGGUCCGCGGCUUCUCGCUCCCCCUGCAGCGUCCCGCUGACUGCGGCGAUGAGCGCUACUUCGACAUCUCGCAGCUGUCCUGCGGGCCCUGCGGGGCGCACCAGAUGCGGAGCGCCGGCGGUAGUUCAUGUGUGUGUCUGCCAGGAUAUAGGAUGGUUUCUAAUAGCGGUGGGUCCUCUGUUAUUUGUGAAAAAUGCCCAGAUGAUAUGAGUGGGGUUACUCAAGAUGGAUGGAAUUGUAUUACUUGCCCUAAGGGCCUGACUUCUGAAGGAAAAUGUAAAUGCCUCAGUAAUGAAAUAUUAGUGGAAAGAAGUGGUGAUGGCAGUUUGCUAAAUGCAGCAUUGUGCGUAGUUUGCAAUGGGAGUCCGUCAUCGUUCUCCGCAUCAGAUGCGUUAGGGAGUAGGUGUGUAAGAUGUGAACAGACAUUCAUCAAUGUAAGCAAGUCGUGUGACUGUAUCAGCCCAAACAUUUUAAGUGGAGGUUUAUGCUUCAGUGCUCGUGAAAGCUUACCUCCAAAGGGAAUUGCAACUGUUCGAUUUGGACAGGUAGGUGUAACGCUGACAUCGGCUUGGUUUCUGAAAAACCUGCAAGCCUCAGCCUCUGCCUGCUGGUUGUACUCUAAUCUGACAGCUUGCCAAGCUCUUGGAAAUAUGUGUGUGAUGAAUAUGAACUCACUGAGUUCUUCAAGUACAGACGCCUGCAGUUUGUUUCAAUAUAUUUAUGCCAAUACAGCAAGGCUAGGCAUUGUCCAUUCAAUAGUGUACUGGAGGCAUAAUCUGCCAUGGCUGUAUUAUGGUGAUCAACCAGGAUUGGCAUCCCAAGUGCUUGAGACAAACCAUCUGCCUACAAUCUUCAGUUUUAAAGGAAGAAGUGAGGAUGUGAAACUGCAGUUUAUUGCAGCCUCGUAUGAUGCAGCAGGAAACUUCCUUAAAUGGCAGAGUUUGGAAGGAGGCCUCUUGCAGCUUUGUCCUGAUACCCAGACGAAAUUGAAUGCAGCUUACAUAUUUGGAACAACCUAUAAACAAAGUUGCAAGAUUUCCGUUGCCAAGAUUUUACUGGAUUUUACUAACCCAAUUUUUUAUGACCUGUUCAUUGAAUAUAACGGUGGCAAUAGACAGCAGUACCUUUGGGCUGUGCCGGUUUUAAAUCUGAAUCUACAGUACAGUGAGAUGUAUGUGAAUCAAGGCAGCAAUAUGAACAACUGGCUUUUGACUCGUCGCUUCUUUUUGGUGGAUACACUCAGUGGAAGAGAAAAUGACCUGGGAAAGCCACCAAGAAUAAUUCGAGUUGCUAGCAAAAUAACAAUAAGCAUUCGUCUGGCAUCCCACACUCAGAAAGGAACUAUCUACCCACCUCUCAUUACCGUUGCUUACACAGAUGUGCUUGUCCAAAACCCUGAUACCCAGAGUGUGAUGGUUUCCUUCUCAGUCCAGUAUGAGAUGAAUCAGUCGGAGGCUCAGAUUCAGACAGAUAUCGCGUUGGGCGUGUUGGGUGGGCUUGCAGUGUUAUGGUCCCUCCUCCGGACUGCAGGCUGGAAGAGGCGUUCGGGCAGUUCUGUGAUUGACUUACAGACAGUUUUCAAGUUCUUACUGUUUUAUGCUGGAGACCUUGCCAACGUUUUCUUUAUCAUCACAGUGGGCACAGGGAUUUAUUGGCUCGUGUUUUUCAAAGCUCAGCAGUUUGUCUCUGUCCUUUUGCCGCUCCCAUCUCAAGAGAAAGCUUUUGUUACAUAUAUAGCGUGUGCUUUUAGUUUGAAGGCUCUGCAAUUCUUGCAAUUAUUGGUUUCACAACUUACUGUAGAUAUUUUCUUUAUUGACUGGGAAAGACCGAAGGGCAGAGUUCUUAAAGCAGUUGAAGGUGAAGGGGAUGUAAAAAGUGCUGCCGCACCUGUGAGCAUAUGGAGAACAUAUUUUAUAGCCAAUGAAUGGAAUGAAAUUCAGACAGUGAGGAAGAUAAACCCUCUCUUUCAAGUGCUCGCGGUUCUUUUUUUUCUGGAGGUGGUGGGAUUUUCAAACCUGGCUUUAAUGGAUUCAUCCUCCAGUCUUACAAGAAGCAGUGAGAGUUACAUAGCACCAUGGAGCCGCAUUUUAAGAUUUGGUGUGUCUGCUGCACUGUGGUUAGCCAUUGCCUUCAUGCAGAUUAUAUUUUUUGCUGUGUUUUAUGAAAGAUUUGUUGAAGAUAAGUUAAGCCAAUUUGUUGAUUUGUGUUGUGUGAGCAACAUUUCGGUGUUAAUCUUGUCACACAGCUGCUUUGGUUAUUACAUCCAUGGCCGCUCAGUUCAUGGACAUGCAGACACCAACAUGGAGGAAAUGAAUAUGAACCUAAAGAGAGAAGCAGAAAACCUGUGCAGUCAGAGAGGUUUGCUACCAAACACAGACGGCCAGACAUUUCAGAUUUCCAUUUCAAGAAAAAUGAGACUGCAGUAUGACAGAAUUCAUGAAACCCUGACAAGAAGACGUGGCCCUGCUAGGUUUUUGGACUCAUCUGCAAAUACUUUUGAACAAAGCACGAGGGCGUACAACACCAUGAACAGAUUCCUGGGUUCUUUUAUUGAUCACGUUCAUAAAGAAAUGGAUUAUAUUGUCAAAGAUAAGUUGCUGCUUGAGCGGAUUCUAGGCAUGGAGUUCAUGGAACCGAUCGAGAAAAGUAUUUUCUACAAUGAUGAAGGACACUCUUUCAGUGAAGUUCUGUAUUACGGCAAUGAGACGACGCUGCUCAUCUUCGAUAUCCUGUUUUUCUCCAUUGUGGAUCUGGCUUCCCAAAGUUUCGUUUUAGCAGCUAUUCUAACGUAUUUGCAACAGGAGAUUUUUAGGUUCAUUCGUAGUACAGUUGGGCAGAAGAAUUUGGCGUCUAAAACAUUGGUGGAUGAAAGAUUUCUCAUUUAAUUAAGAAGACUGCAGACUUUGAGCACGUAAUGGAGGACGUUGUGUCCAGGACCAAAGCAUCUCAGACCUAUAGAUCAACUGCAGUGCACAGUAAUACUGGGACAGAUUAGAAACUGAUCACUUUGAUAUUUGGUAUUCAUUUUUAUUUCUGGGAUUUUUACAGAUGCUUUUGAAGUUGUGAACACUAAACUGCAGGCCUUGAAAAGGUACAUGGAAAUAAGACAGGAGGAAAUGUAAUUUUGUUAUUAUUCAAGUAAGGUUAAAAAGAAAUUAAUGGCUUUUCCUAAGACAUGGAGAGCUGACUGAGGCAGUAAAUUGAGCGUUGUGGGUUGGCACUUUGGUUGUCAACUCUUAAGUUUUCUGACAAAUCCUUUAAAUCUUUUCCUCUCCAUUCCCUUCCUCUCCGUUCUCUUCCUCUCCUUUCCCUAUUCCUUUUAUUGGUACUUUGGGCUCAGUCUUGAUCUCCUCUCACCUGAUGUGAGAUGCCCAGGCAAACAGAGCAGUAAUUCUAUGCAGUUUUGACACAAGUAAACAAGAAGCAAUCGUUCCUGUCUUUUUGAAGCAUUCAAAAAGACAGGAACGAUUCAUCAUUUUCACAAGUGCCAACAUAUGUUCAUAUACUUCUGGCUGUUUUUGAGCUUUGAUAUUGUUUCAUUUUCAUCGUUGUUUUGAAAUGUGGAGAAGAUUAUGAUUAUUUAAGGGCCAUGCAGUGAGUAUUAAGGGAGAUCACAGAUGGCCUUUGAAACACCUUGAAGUGAGGUGUCUGCCUCCCAUUUGUAUCUCUGAAAAGCCUCCAUACUUUUUUAAAGUUGACUGUUUUUUAUAACUGUUUCUUACCUUUGAAUAACAACCACAGACUUCCACCAGCAGAAACACUAGAAAAAUGUAAAUCAAGGAUAGCGCGUUUGCUCCAGUCACACCUGAAGGAUGUGUUUGGUUGCACCCAGCAGGUCUGGAACACAGACACACUUAUCUGAGCUGAAGCAGCACUGCUUUUCAGUUGUUCCUUGGCUUCACGAAGAAGAAGGGGGUGUUGUUUUGAUCCCACAUCAUAGCACAGUUUUAAACUUUCAGUGAUACAGACUUAAAUCUCCGGGUCACUGUUGCUCUGAUGCAUUUGCUUAAUAACUAUGCCUAAGUAUGGUUUGCAGACCUAAAUGGUGAUGUACCAGAGGGUUGAUGUGACUGAAGGAUGUAGAAAGUGGCUUUGGUGUGUAGGUGAGGAAGUUGACUACAGCUGAUCCUGAUGGAGGCCUUCCUGAUGCUUUCCAGCAAUGUAACUGUGCAUCACUUCAGUGACAACAGCAGCUGAGUGUUCAUAGUCAUGAAGUUAUUUCAGGGAAUGGAUCCACACUUCAGCCUCCAGAAUGUUCUGAUUUAUGACUGACUUCGGUCAGCAUAAGAAGUGUAGGAAUCAGACCCUGGUAAACCAAGGAGUGUCUGCAAACACACUGAAGGUGUGAUUGUGCCAUCUGUAGGCCCAGCCUCGUAGCUCUAAUUUAGUUAGUCCGCUAACAGCACAAGAGAAGGUACGGUUUCAUGUCAGUUCUCACUCUGUGCCCAGUUCUCAGUGCUUUUGCUCAGCUCGUACCUUCCUGUGCAAGAACUGUGCUUUCGCUUUUCUUUAGAGAUGCCUUUAACUACCCUCUGCUCAGAAGGGCACAUGAGAGCUUUAAAGGCCUUGCAGUUUGAAGGACCUACUGCUAAAGGCAACUCUUGUUACAGAUAAGUAACAAAUUAACGUGAACUUGUCCUGUCAACAGUUCAGACACUUGCCCUCCUUUUUCUCCUCAGUGUACACACUACUGUGUGUUUUAUCUUUCCAGGCCAUUGAUCUAAGAUGUUAGUGUAACUAACAUUGCUUCUUCACGUGAUGUAGGAGAUCAUUACAGGACAAAAAAGCUCCGGGAAUUCAUAGCAGCUUUUCUUCAUUCUUGCUGUGUAGCGAAUGCUUGAACUGAUUUGGCUUCCCCCCUGUCUCCUAUGGGCUCAAGACACAGCUUGUCAUUGUAUUUCCAGUUUUUUCUACUUUUUAAAUUAGUCUGCAGCUGCACGGUGUCCUUUAUGUACUGAAUGGGUUUUUAAAUGUUUUUUUAAACUUUAUAAAUGUUUUAAAGAGGAUCUCCAAACUCUGAGCAAUAAAGGAAUUUCCAAGGAUUGGACCCAA